AUGCUCCGCCAAAUCAACCCCCGCAAUGCGCGCUCGAAGCGAGCGCUCGAGAAGCGCGCCCCCAAGGCCGUCGAGAACCCAAAGACAUGCCUCUUCCUGCGGGGCACGACCUGCAGCCAGGUGACGCAGGACGCGCUCGGCGACCUGUUCUCGCUGCGGCAGCCGCUGGCCAAGCGCUUCACCAAGAAGAACGCCAUCCACCCCUUCGAGGACGCGGCCUCGUUCGAGUUCUUCUCCGAGAAGAACGACUGCUCGCUGCUCGUCUUCGGCAGCAGCAGCAAGAAGCGGCCCCACGCCCUGACCCUCGUGUCGACCUUUGCCCACAAGAUCCUCGCUAUGCUGGAGCUGUACCUCGACCCGGAGAGCUACCGCCAGCUGAGCCAGUUCAAGACCAAGAAGGUGCCCGUGGGCAUGCGUCCGAUGCUGGUGUUUGCGGGCUCCGCGUUUGAGAGCACUGUGACGAAUGAGUACACCAUUGCCAAGACUCUUCUGCUGGAUCUCUUCCGAGGCGACAGCAGCCCCGACAAGAUCGAUGUCGAGGGUCUGCGAUAUGUGAUUGUGGUCAGCGCGGAGGAGCCGAGCGCCAGCGCGACGGGUCUGACCGACGGCCAGAAGCCAGCCAUCCACCUACGAGUGUAUCUCAUCAGGACUGCCCGCAGCGGCCAAAGGCUACCGCGGGUAGAGGUCGAGGAGAUGGGGCCGCGGAUGGACUUCCGGGUUGGGCGGAUGAAGGAGCCUGAUGCAGACAUGCUGAAGGAGGCAAUGAAGAAGGCCAAGACCGCAGAGGAGAGGACAAAGAAGAACAUCUCGACCGAUAUUAUGGGUGACAAGCUGGGCCGCAUACACAUGGGCAAGGUUGAUAUGAGCGAUCUACAAACGAGGAAGAUGAAGGGUCUAAAGAGGAAUCGUGAUGUCGAGGAGGAUGACGAAGAGGGAGGCGUUCCUCUCGGUGUCGAUGAGCCGAAGAAAAAGAGGAAAUGA